AUGUCACAGGAGCGGUUGCUUGGUGAGCGGGGCGCGCCGCCGCGCGACGCAUAUGUGCAGAACCGCCAGACACAAGCGCACUUUGUGUUCAGCGGAGAUGCCCAGGACAACCGGAAGAACCGGCAGCAUGGACAGAACGGGGGAAGUGGGCGGUGGAAGCAGGGUGGGACUGGUCACGACGACCGCAGGCACAGCGGUGGCGGAGACGACUCGAUAGAAAUGUCUGUGUUCCAGAGAAACCUGACGUCUCGCAAGAACCACAACCCGUGGAAGCAGGAGGAUGAGCAGCACGGCUCCCCCUCGUCUGCAGCCGCAGCCUCCAGAACAGCCACAACAACCAGUGCAUAUGGGCAGGACCCAAACACAACGUUCAUCUUGCACGAAGUCGAAGGGCACCACACACUCACCGGCAUUGCUCUGCAGUACAGGACAACGGUGGAUCAGUUGAAGCGGCUGAACAACAUUUGGGGCGAGGCAGAACUGCACGCGCGCAAGGUGAUCAAAGUGCCGGCAUCGAGGUUUGGGCACUUGUAUGCAGCGGUACAAGAGUCCAACCUUGAUGAUUUGGACGGCAUGGAGGAAGGUGUGAAGACAUACACGACCAAGCGACCGUUUCUGCCAACGGAGAACCCGAACAUCUCCCUGCCGUCGGAAGCCUUCUCCAGAAUAUCAUAUGGGGACGAUGACAACAGCCAGCACGACAGCGAAGAAGAGCCUGCGGACUCGUCGGAGGUGCUGGCCAAGUACGAUGCGCAGCUGCAGACGGUGAUGGAGCACCAGGCGCGGCUGGAGAGCAGCUCUGUUGCCGACGCCCGCGUGAUUGGCCUCCUGCGACGCGAAAACGCAUGGACAACGUUCACCAGCCCCGGCAUGUGGAAGCGCGCCGUGGCCAUCCUAGUCGUCAUGGUCGUGCUCGUUCCAGUGGCCGUGUACAAGCUCUACCCACAGCAGGACUAG